AUGGCUCCCCCUUCAGGCCCAGACUCCCGCUCCGCCUUCUUCUACGGCACCCUAAUGGCCCCCCAAGUCCUCUCGCGAGUCUGCCACGGCCAAAAGAGCAACACCAACAACAACAACCCAACCUUUCGCACCCAUCCCGCAAUCCUGCACAACUACCGCCGCCACCGCGUCCGCCACGCAGACUACCCCGGCAUCCUGCCCUGCGCCCACGCCUCCGUGCGCGGAACGUACGUCACAAACCUCACGGACGCGGACAUCUGGCGCCUGGACAUUUUCGAAGGGGAUCAGUACGCGCGUGAGGUGGUGAGGGUGCGGCUUCUUUUGGCGGACGAUGCGGGGAGUGCGGAGGGGGAGGAGGUGGUGUGCGAGACGUACGUUUGGAUUGCCGGGGCGGCGGAGCUGGAGGAUGGCGAGUGGGAUUUCGAGCAAUUUAGGCGGGAGAAGAUGCGGUUUUGGGUUGGGGCGGAGGGGGAGGGGGAGUAUGCUGGUAGGCCGUCCAUUAUUGGUUGGUUGGUGUUGCGGGUUGGUGGUUGUGCAAUGUGCUAA